AUGGCGAUGAGGAGGAUGUUUAACAAGCUGGUGAGCAUUCUAAAGAGCACCUCCCAUCCCCACCAUGAUGGGCUUGUUAAGCUGAAGAGCACCUUCAGGGGCAGGCUGAUCUCCCCCAAAUGUUCCACUGAGAGAUACAGAAGAAGCCGCGUGAUUUCAUUGCUUGGUCCCCCGAAACGACCGACACCAAUAUCAUCAGAGUUUUUUAAAUUAAUUUCACCGUCAACAUAUAAGUACAUCCUCAACCAGCCGGAGGCAUGCAGGAGAAGGAACCCAUUCUUAGCACUGAUGAUACCAACGGCACCGGAUGGCAUUGACUACAGAAACUCCGUAAGGAAGACUUGGGGACAAAGUAACUUGAUACCAAAUAUUACUGUUGUCAGACUAUUUUAUGUGGGUAUUCCAGCGAAUAAUGCGGACAGACGCAUUCAAGAGGGUCUUGAAAAAGAGAGUGAGCACUAUGGUGACAUAAUCCAAAUGGACUUCCUGGACAGCUAUUACAACCUCACCAUCAAGACGAUGAUGAUCAUGAAUUGGUUAGCCACACACUGUCGUUCAGCCUCUUUUGCCAUGAAAAUCGACGCAGACGUGUUUCUCAAUGUACCAUACCUUGUCAAUUAUCUUGUUGCCCAGGGAAGAAGCACCCUGAGGGAUUUCAUCACGGGGUCUGUCAUUAAAGAUGGUCGCCCACGCAGAUCCCAGAACAGCAAGUGGUAUCUACCGGAGCACGUGUACCCAGAAGCAUUCUUUCCCCCGUACGUCUCCGGGGCAGGCUACGUCUUCUCUAUAGAUCUUGCCAAAAAGAUUUCAUGGGCAUCUAAGUUUGCCAGGCCGGUUCCACUAGAGGACGUUUAUGUGGGUCUAUGCCUGCGGGUGCUAGGUAUCAAGCCCGCCUACGCCCAAACUCUCUUUCCGUUGCGGAACUUGUUUGAAGUUCGGCGCUUGAAAUAUGAGCGUUGCACAUUUGCCAACUAUAUCCUGAUCACGGGUUUCACACCGCGUCAGCUUAUCAACAUCUGGCAUGAUUUUCAGAAUGCCCGUUUAUCUUGCUGA